AUGGACAACUAUCACGGCUAUACCUGCCCUACUGGCUGCAUUGACAGGAAGAGCAUGAAACCAGGCUCGAUCCUGCAAUUCAGUCCCAGCUGCCUGGCCAAUAUCACGCAACAGGAUAUGGUGGAGGAGUUGGUUGUCGUUCUUAGACUGCCAAUACCGCCCCACUCGAACAUUGCCAACAUCGACGACUUCUAUCACUGCGCCGUGGUUACCAAACUACCCGACCCUGAGCUGGGCCCGGUUCGUCAAGUCCAUCUUGUUCACUCAGCGAAUAUCACAUUCCUCCACAGCCUCGGAAAGCCGACUCUCUACGUUGUGGAAGAGGCUCGCGUUAAUUCAUCCCCUCGGUGUGGCUCGCUCACUCGUAUACAUGGACAAUAUGUGCAGCCAACCAAUAUCAAGAGGAUAUCCGCAAAAUGUCUGCACAGCCUUCCUGGUGGCGCGAGCAUGGUCAUGGAUCCAUUUACAUUCACCCACCUCCCCGGCCAAUGGCUCGACGUCCACAUCCCUUCCAUCCCCCAAGCCGGCGGCUUUACCAUCACAUCCGCGCCUCAACACACCUCAAAAGCCUACAACCUCAACAACACCCAUAACAGCUCCCCACCACACCUCGAGCUAGCCAUCCAGAAAUCCCCCAACAACCCUCCCGCCGCCUUCUUCUGGCGAGACCCCCAUGACAUCUUAGGCACACCUCUACUGAUUCGGGUCGGUGGUCGCUUCGUUUACCCGCCCCCCGACCUAAGCGAUAAGGAAGCACACGAGAUCAAGCGCGUCGUGUUUGUUACGGGCGGCGUGGGAAUUAAUCCUAUCAUGUCGAUGUUGGAGCAUCUGCAUUUGGAGUCACUGCUCAAGCAAUCGGGGAUUCGUGAGCUGAGGCUGCUUUAUGGGGUGCGAGCUAGAGAGGGCGAGGCGAUACUGUUCUACGAUCGGAUUGCUAGCAUCUUGAGCAAUUACAGGACGACGGAGCCUGAUGCGCCGGUUGCUGACGGUGACUACAGAAUGAUCAUGUACCUUACUGGUGGGUCAAGUUGGUCACCGAACGGCGUCUCUGGGUUGGCGAGGAUGGACACUGAUCACGUCGAACACAAGUCCCGACGCAUAAGUCAUACAGAUUUGGUAGAGGCUCUGGGACCACACACGGGGCGGAAGCAUACAGUGGCCUACAUUUGCGGCCCACCCAAGAUGACGGACGAGUUUGUAGAGAUAUUGACCAGAGCAGAGGGAAUGGACUCAAGACGAGUACUUUGUGAAAAAUGGUGGUGA